AUGUCAAGAAAACGAAGCAGAAGUCCAAGCCGGGAUAUAAAACGCCGCAGUCGUUCGCCACGAAAAUCUGAGAAAGAAUUAUUAGAUGAGAAUAUUUUAAGUGAAAUAUCCAAGUUACCGGAGCCCAACGAAUUAUGGGACAAUCAAUUUCAGGAGGGUGGAUUUAGCGGGAAUGCCGUUGCACCACCACCACCGCAGUUUUCACAAGAUGGCACUUAUCCCAGCAACUACCAGCCAUCAUAUUCGGGUGUCUAUGAUGACUUCUCCUCUAUACCAUCAGCACCACAUCCACCGAAUGUUUCCGGUUGGAACCAGGUGCCAAUGCGGCCUGCUGCGUCAGCACAACCAGCGUUUGUUAAUAAUGUUGAAGACCAGAUUAAAAAAGAAGCGGCGAUCGAGUCAGAAAUGCGACAUCAAAAGGCGGCUUUGUCGAAACAACGCGAGGACUGCAUAAAAAAAGCUUCAAUUCUUAAAAAAGAACUUGAGACCUUGAAAGAACAGCGAAAUGAACUCCACAGCGAUCCCAAACGAUCUCCAAGUCCCGACACCAAACGAUUUCUGAAAGAAAAUACUAAAUUACAGUUGGAGAUCCAGAAUAAGCUGAAGACGAUCAACAACGUGGUGGAUAUGUUAAAUGGGCUCAUUGGUGAGGAAGCACAGGUGGAAAUUAAAGACGCAGAUGACUCAACUGAGCGUUCUUCAAAGCGCAAAUCCAGGUCGCCAUCGGGCAAGAAGUUCAACUAUGUGUACUACGACCCGGAGAUGCACUGGUGUCGGGUCUGCAAUGAGUUCCCCGCCACCGCUAAGGACUAUUUGACUCAUUUGCAUUCUCCGGGACAUCACAAAAUGGCAGCAGCACAUAUGGAAGCACCGUGGCACUCAGUGUCCGGCAUGAACGAGGGCUUCCCCAAUUAUCCCUCUGCACCCACUAAACGCACUCCUAUUAGAGGUCUUCAAUUCUUUGUGCCGUCAACGGCGUGGUACUGCAAGCUAUGUGACCAGUUCAUCGGGGACCUGCAUUGCGCUUCCGCCCAUCUCAAGUCGAUCGUUCACUCUAAAAAUUACACCAAUUUUGUGGAACAAAACCCACACUGGGACACGGAUUGGAUGUCAGAUAGACAAAAAGCGUUUGAGAAGAGCCGUGGUAAAGCAAAAAUGGAAGAGAAGCCACAAUAUACGGCUCAUACUAUCACAUUCUGUAAGGAUGGUUUCCACACAAAAACACUGAAAGACAGCCCGCCUCCAACAUCGAGCACAGAAAAGAAAAGAAAGAAGGAGAAAAAGAAGAAGAAGGCAAAGAAAAAGCGAGUAGCCAGCAGUGACUCAAACAGCAGUUCAAGUAGCUCUGAUAGUGAUUCGAAAAAGCCUAAAAAAAAGAAAGAUAAGCUGAUUGACGACAAGGCCCUGUCGGAGUGGAUGUCAGCAAUACCGAUGAACAGUCUGAACUACAAUGAAAGAAAACUCUUGGACAGCUUGAAAAAUAGAGCUGAUAGGGAGGAUGAACGCCGAAAAUCCCACACACGUGAAGAGCGAGAUAGACAUGAAGACCGCCGCAAAGAGGAGAGGAGAGAAGAGAAACGAGACGUAAGGCAAAACAGGAGAGAGGAUAGAAGAGAAGAAAUGUCGGAGAGAAGAGAAGAGCGGCUAGAAAGAAGGGAAGAGCGGCCAGAUAGAAGGGAAGAGCGGCCAGAUAGAAGGGAAGAGCGGCCAGAAAGAAGGGAAGAGCGGCCAGAAAGAAGGGAAGAGCGGCUAGACAGAAGGGAAGAUAGGGCAGAAAGAAAGGAAGAGAGGACAGAACGGAGGGAUGAAAGGGAAGACAAGCGACAGGAGAGGCGAAAUGAAAGCCGUUCGCGAUUGACGCAGGAGUCAUCGGAUGCUAAGAAACCUGAGAUAAAAAAGAUGCCUUUCAUUGGAAAGAUGCCCGUGUUCAAAAACUUGGGAAAAAAGGAUAAUACAAAAAACGAAGAUCAAAAAAAGGAAGAUGAAAAAAAGAAACAAGAAGAGGAAGAGUCAAAUAAGAAAAGAAGGGAGGAAAUGGACGCCGAGAUACAGAAGAAGGUUGCGGAGUUCAAAGAGAAGAUAGCGAAGGCUCAGUUAGAGAAGGAGCAACAGGAUAUGGCUCCAUCUUUGGCGCUCUCCGCUCAGCUCGGAUUCCUACCACCACCGCAGCUCAUUACUCCGCCGGUACCAUCGGUGCCCUCGGCGCCGCCGGUGGCGCCACAGCAGACGCCGAACAACCUGCCCAAGGACUUCCAGGACGCGCUGGACAUCAUCUUCCCGUCCAGCGUGAGCAGCAAGCCGGCGGAGAUGCAGCAGCAGGACAUGUUCAUGCCGGGGCUGGCCGGCUUCCCGGUCGUGCCGCCCUUCGCGCACCUGGGCCUGGUGCAGCCGCCCGUGUCCCCGCUCAUGAUGGGCUUCGAUCUCAACGCGCAGCUGUUCCCGCACCCGCAGCGCCCGCAGCUCUACGACACCCACGUGCCCGUCGUGCCGAACAACCACAAGAGGAAUAAUAAGGUCAACCAGAAGAAUCAAAAGUCCAAACAGGCCGAUCCCACUUCGAAGGAGAAGUCGGAGGAGAAACAGGAGGCCAAGCACGAACCCAAGCAGAAGAACAAGGAGGAACUAGACGAACUAGCGAUGCUCGGGAUAGAUGCUUCAGACGUUGGAGCCGGAAUGUGA